ACAGUUACAGGUCUGAAUGUGCAGCCUACUCAUGCCUUGUGUACUGAAUACCCUCUCACACACAGCAAGUUUUGUAUGUGCUGGUCUUCGUGUGGAGACACACUUGUUGAUCAAAUUUUAAAUCAGGGUCUGUGCGUGCAGACUAAUGCGAAGUGACCAUGAUGAAUAGGUCCAUGAUGAAAUCAUAUAUAUACUGCAGCGUUCACAUGCGACGACCGCUAUCCGCUAUAGGGCAUACAUCUCCGGGAAGAAUGAAUGAUGGACACGGCUAAAAGGCAGUUACGGUCACUCCAUCACAUGAACUUAUUAUGAGGAAAGCAGAAAUAUUUCUUCUUGAACACGGAAACGGUGAUUUUAAAAGUUGCAAUGACUGUGAGGCGAACGGAAGCCUUGAAUUUUCCCCCAGCGUCAUAGAUUACACAAGACAUGGAGCUACAAGUACUACUAGCUCAAUGUAUGAGACGUCCGUAAUUGUGUCUUCUAUCUCACAAGAUGGUGGCAGCUUACGGGAGUAUAAAAUCACUGAGGCUAGUUAAAGCGUGUUCUCUGGUCAUCUUUUGCUUGGUCUGUUUGGGAUUUAUGCUAUCCUUCCAGCAAAUAUGGCUUCAAAGAGGUAGAGUUGGACUCAGCCCAGACGUGCCCGGGGUGAGUAGAUGUAAACCUUCAUCAGUCCCACCACUGGAAGCAAAAUGGCGAGAACUUCAACAUCCUGUCCGUCAACCUUCCUAUAACCAAUCGAACACCCACACUCUUGUAGCUAUUGAUCCUACUUCAGUGGUUGUAGGUCCAACCUCCGUGAAAACGACCACGUACAAGCUGAUAUCACCCUUGACACCACGGGUUGGAGAUACCUUACACUUUCACAUUGAAGCAAGGAAUGUUAAAGGACAUCGGAUCAAGUAUGGCGGGGACUUCUGGUUUGGUGUCCUGGAGAGUCCCAAACUCAAGGCUUCCACGGCAUCUCGUAUUAUUGACCAUCAUAACGGCACAUACAGCCUGUAUUUCUUAGCGGGUUGGGCAGGGGAAGUUAGAGUUAGAAUCAUCCUCGUUCAUCCCAGUGCGGCUAUUGAUUACCUCAGAAACUCGUUUCGCCACGCUGAGGAGAAGGUGCUAUGGAACGGUGUAUUUAUCUCUAUGGGAUUGACGGAAAGAUCAACAUGUUGGAUCAGCUACAAUGGAAAGACAUCGAAUGCAUGUAUAUUUCAGCCGCAGAGGGCGCUUCGUCACACACAACUUGUUUGCAACACACCAGCUUCUUUACCUUGCAGUACAUUGGUGGGUGUUGUUGGAGCUACUUCAUACUCACAUCAAUUUCAACGUGUGCUUACUCCUGAUAAAGCAUACUUAUUCACCAGACCUUACGUGAACGCACCGCUAGCAUAUGGAAAACCAAUCACUAUCCGAGAAACGAUAGAUGAGAAAGCUAUCCUUGAUCCGCAGCUGAUGUCCCUACCCAUUUGUCAACCAGAUUUAUCCCAAACUCUGUCUGAUGGCUUCUGGUACAAAGGCCGUUGGAAUUCAUUGGUUUGCCAACCCCGUGUUAAAUUCUCCAUAAACACUACCCGUAAAUGCUUGCAAGGACAGAAUAUUUAUCUAACAGGAGACUCUACAACGCGCCAGUGGUUUGCAGAGAUUGCUAAAUCUUUGGAUCUCGGCAGUGCGGUAGACCGGGAAUUUAAAAACAAGUCUUUCCACUUACUCAGGACAGACAAGAAGAACAACAUCAAACUAGAAUUCAUCUUUCAUCCACUCUCUCUUCAUCCAUCCUCUGUGUUUGUUAAUUUAUCAGUGGUGCGAUUCGAAGCAGACGUCUUGUAUAGCUUAGCCAAAACUCCUUGCCAAAGUGCAAUAGUGGUGAUAAGUCCGUGGGCGCACUUUCCAAACUACCCAUGGGGUAGCUACCUUGACUGGUUAGAAGGUAUAUAUGAUGCCUAUUCCUACCUUAAGAGGACGUGUCCAGAUAUAAAGCUUAUCGUUAAAACACCUCAUCCUGUUAAUAUGCAAUGGGAGAUGAAAGCUCGUGAUUGGAUGUUUUACCAGAUGAAAGAAGCUAUGUGGAAAGUCUUUAAAGGUUCGGGGGCAUUUUUUGUUGAUGUAUGGGACAUGAAUCUUUCCUACCUAUCUGCACCGAUCAAUAUGCAUAUGCCUAGUAAUGUUGUCAAAGAAGAAUUAUCUCUGUUUCUUUCUCAUGCUUGCCAAAGAUGAUGAUUUUGAGUGUGUAAUUCUUUGAAGUUUGGAUUCUUUGAACAUAUGAAUCAUGCAUGUGCUCAUCCGUACAUGUCUGAAGAGAAAUAUUGAGAAAUACUCUUAGAGCCAUAGCAGAGCUCUUCUGGUAAAAUGAGUUCAGGUGCUACACUUGUGUAAAUAAUUGGUCAAAAUAACUAGUCAAUGCAAGGUAUAUGUGUCUGAUCAAAUUUGAGACAGGGGGCUCGGAACGGUGUUGAAAGUGUGUGUGUGUGGGGGGGGGGGGAGGGGGGCUGACUAUGCAAACAGACACAAUUAAAUGGUAAUUUUUAUAUUUUUGUACAUGAUUACUGAAGGGGGGGGGGGGGUAGAAGCCCACGCGCCUAGUUACUGUUACCAAAUAAUUGGCUUCAGAUACCAGAACAUUAUUUUGUUGAUUUUGUCCCUUUUUUUGGUCGCCUAUAUACAUUUGCACUAUCACAUUGAUUGUUUAUGUUGCCACAUAGGAAUUAACACUUGUGUCAUCACUAGAAGAUAUUUAUAAGGUAUGAAACAUUUAUUUGAGUUGAUAAGAUAGGCCUAUACCUUACGGGCUUUCAAAACUGAAUAAUUACCUUUGGAAAAAACAAAAUAUUAUUUGUCACUUUGACUAGUAUCUAGUCAUGAAAAGAGGUAUAGGUUUAUUUAUCGGUUCAUGAUGUUGGACUGUUUCAUAAAGCUGUUCGUAAGUUAUGCAUGACUUUACGACGGACUGACCGGUGACCCAUGUGCUAAAUUAUAUAUCCAUAAACAUAGAUAUCCAUGAUAAUAUAUAGUUCGGAGCUCUAUUUCCCCCUAAUGACUUAAAACCAACCUACAUAAACAUGUUCUAGUCGUGCGUUACUUACGAACAGUUUUAUGAAACACACACCAGAGUUAACAAAGAGUGAAGAAAGUCGAACAACGCAUCGAUUGCUGCUGCAAAAUCAGGGGAAAAUUAUCAAAUGAGAUGUUUAUUAAAAUGUCAUCAGGAAACUUGAGUCUACUAUAUCACGAUGUGUUUGAAGAGGUCAUUUAGUAAGAAGCCGUGCAAUUGUGUAUGACAAAUUGUAAUUGUUUCAUAGUCACAUGAUAGUAGAUUUGGUAAAUGUAGAUAUGUUGUAUCAACAUGCUCGAGAAGGAAUGACUGAAAAUAUAAUUAUGUAUGCUCAUGUAGAUGAUGUAGUAACUUAGGAGCCCGGCUCGCGCAUGGUAUCCACUCGUCAAUGGAAGUGCCCCCCCCCCCUCCCGGGCUGUGACAAUCUUACGAUAGAUUAGUCUUCUCUUUUAGGCAGUUAUUGGCUACGAAUUUUAUGAGGACAUUUUGAACAGACAUUGGCGUCGGAGGUGUUCAAGCUGUACAGAGGCCGUACGGAGAUUGUACCGUUUCUGUUCACUUACAAUAUCAUAUUCUCGGGAUUCGUACAUGGAUCGUAUUAUGACCAUACAAUGCCACUGUAGACUCAUCGUACGCACGAUACGACGUGUAUCUCCUCGCUAAAAAUAUAAAGAUCAGAGUAAAAUACUUGAUCAUCAUCUUGCGAUCUGCAUUGAUAGUGAAAUACGAUCAGUUUAGGGCCGACCUACGAUGAUCGUACACCAAAUCUAAAAUAGACAUGAGUUCGUAGUCAAGGGAAACUUCAAAUAUUUCAGUUUUAUACUUAUAUAUCUAAUAUAUAUACAAUCAUUCGUUUACUUCAACUUUGGUUCUUGAGUGCAAUUAACAUGAAUGUGUGUGUAUGUGUAUUAAACACGUGUCUUAAGUAUGAAUUGAGAUGCAAUAUUCCAGUGGGCCGAUUUGAACAAAUUGGAAACUGUUACCAAAGAAUAUUUCUCUUGAACAUGCCAGUUUUAGCGGCGGAUUCAGGGCAAAGUACAAUCCGAAGAAAUCUACAAGUCCACCACAAUCCCUGAAGAGAUUGAGGGGUGGGGGAGGGGUUGGCCAGUCACCCCUCUGAAUCCGCCAAUGAGUAAAUACUAUUCUUCGAUAACCAUGAUAAUGGGAGAAAGUCUCAUUUUGAAAAUUAAACUUUUUUCUCAACUUGUA